GCCGCCAUUUUGUUUGUAUCUCAGUGCCGCUUCGGAGCAGACCGACCCGGGACCACAACUCUCGUAUUUCAGAACUUUUUAAAACUCAUUUUUAAAACAAUCAACUGGUAAUUAACACUUUACACUCUGUUGAUGUGUAAUUUGCUAUAAGUAUCCGGUAAGGCUGUAGAAAGAGCGUUCUCCCGUAAUGACGGUUUAAACAGCCAUCUUAACAUUUAGCUGGAGUUCUCGGCCUGUUUGAUGUAGCAUUUGCUAACAGAAAUACGGCUUCACCAGCUGGGUAGUAUUAGGAAAAUCCUGCUAUUUAUCUUUGAUGCUUUUUUUGUGGAUUUUCAUCAACAAAGAGUCGAUAUUAGUUUGUAAUCUUGUAUAUUUCUACCAUCGCGUGGAUCGGUCGUAGCUCGCUCCAGUUAGCUUUAAGCUGUUUUAUUCUGCUUAGAGUAAGUAUGUCACCGUUUCCUUCACUUUUUCUGUUGUUAAACUUGUGUUAUUUGCACCAAAUAUGGGCAGCGGUGGCUCGGCUGGCCUCUCCAUGUAUCCCAGCCUCAAAGGCCGAAAGAUUGAAGCAUAUAUUCCCUCCUGAUGGGAGGGAAGCACCGUUAGCCUGCUAUCAGUUGUCCGUGGGUGGGUAAACACGCAGUGGGUUUAUGUGGGAUCAGUUCCUAUUGGUCAGAAGAUUAAUGAUCAUUUCUUCAGUUUGCUUUGGAGCUGCUUUUCCACUCAGGGAUCUGUCCGGAGAUCAGAACCAGUGCAAAUGAAUGCCAUUAUUUACAGAAAACCACCAAACUAAACUCACCUGGAGGGAAUGGGAGCUUUUUAAUGAUUCAUUAACUCCCAGGAGAAAUAACCAGGAAGGAUAAAUGGUUUGAUCUCUGGAAGGAUGGGCCAAAAUUAAAGCGGUGAACAGCUCCAAAUACUGGACCUAAUAGUUGUCUUUCCAGAAAUGGGAAACAUGAAGCAGUGACUGUAAUCAGAUGGAAACAGUGGUUUUAUUACUAUGUAAUAAGUAUUCACUCAUAUUAUAUAGAGAGAAAAUAGGAUUUUCUUUGAUAAAUCUUUUAGUAAGUAAAUCAAAUUCUGUUAGGAGUCAAUUCAUUACAAACACUGGAUUAUUUAAUCUCAUUUAAAGUAUGUGUAUAAGUGAGUGUAUGCAUGUGCAUAUACACACAUACUGCUUUAUAUGUGAGUGUAGAUGGCUAUAGAUUAAUAGAUAACAUGCAUACUAUUGAGGUUUUAUUAUUAAAUUCCCUCUGACAUCAUUCACCUUACUCCAGUCUGGUAGGUGGCAGUAAAUGCACCUUAAGUUGGCUGCAAUCCGCCAAUAAAACAAAAGAAGAAGAAGAGCCCUUCUAGUAAAAUGUGGCUUCCUGCUUUUAAGGCAACAUGAGCUGUAACCCUGCUUUGUGUCCAUGAUGAAAUGUUCCUGCUGUGUCUCUCUCUCUCUCUCUCAUUAACCCUCUUCAGUUCCUUGGCGAGUGUUUUUCAUUUCUAGGUUAAAUGGGAGGGACCGACCUCUGGAUGUGGAUAGUCUGUCCCCGUCAGAAAGCAUAGCCAGAAGAUUUUUUCCCCCCCAUUUUCAGCGUUGUUAACCAUCAGCUGAAAAGCACUAAAAGCCUCUACCUGCUUUUUUUAAUCAGCCACCAUCAUCUAAAGCACAAGAAGACUCAGAAGAUGUUUUUUUUUUUUUUUUUUUUUUUUUGGUUUCUUUUUUGACUACAUGUCAACCCAACCUUUGACCCUCAGUUUACAAUUUUUUUUAUUUGUCUGCUGAUUAAUUCCUCCUAUUUAUUUCCUCGAUUAGCCUCUUCACUUAUUCGUACAAAAAAAAAGAAAAAAAAAAAGGACUUUUGCGCCCUCUGUUAGCAGUCUGUCUCACCUCGCCUGAGACCAGGAAUCACAUAGGAAGACGAGGUUUUCUGGGCGACCUACCCCACAUUUCCUCUUAUCUCAUGGAUCAAGUCUUCCUUCAGGACUCCAUAUUAUUCCGGAGACUUGGCAGCAGCUGUGAGCUGGCGAGGAAGGCAGCGGCGAAGGCGUCUCAGGGAGAGUCCAUUCGUUCCAGAGGGGAACCAGCUGCUGGGUCACCGCCGCGUGUUACUAUGACCAACCAUGGAGAUGACUGCUACUUCUUCUACUACUCCACCUGCACCAAAGGGGACAGCUGCCCGUUUCGACACUGCGAGGCCGCCAUGGGCAACGAGACCGUCUGCAACCUCUGGCAGGAAGGACGCUGUUUCCGGACCGUCUGCAAGUUUCGCCACAUGGAGAUCACGAAAAACCGAAAGGAGAUUCCUUGUUACUGGGAGAAGCAGCCGGCGGGCUGCCAGAAGCCGCACUGCGCCUUCUUUCAUGAGCGACCUCGCUUUGUAGAGGGCAUCUUCGUCCCUCCAGAUAAAAUUCAGAGUAAAAGCGAGGAGCAGCCGGAAGAGGAGCCGGCGCCUCCUUCAUCUGCUCCUCCUCUUCCCCCCGCCAACACAGCCAAUCCUCAGCUCCGAGGAGUCAUCAAGACAGAAAGCCAGGAGCCGGUACCGAGUCCGACUCAUCCACCGGUGGUCAUUAAUCCAGUGGAUGACGACGAAGACGAGGAGGAUCAGUUCUCAGAGGAAGGAGAGGACGGGAAAGUCGGAGCUUCUCCGAGGAAGUUCUCCAAAUCAGCAGACUCGCUGAACUUCGGUGUGAGCACCCUGGAGGAGAUACGUCUGAGGAAGGCCCUGAAGUCCAGCAUGAGGAGGGCAGGUUCUCCCAUCCACAGGCCGCAAACCACCAACAGAGAGAAGGAGAACAUCCAGGCGCUGUACCGGCCGGCCCACUCAGAGAUCAGAGGCCCAGUCAUCUUUGAAGAACAGCAGAGGCCGAGAGGCAGAGUGAUGGAGAGGCUUGGACGAAGGAUUUCCAGCACGGAUUUUAAAAGCAUGGAGGGACCCCCCCUGAAGAAGAGUCUGGCUGAGCGUCUGGGCAGAACCGUGGAUGAAGAGGCGCCACCGGUUGGCACCCAGAAAGCCUUAAAGCCUGUUAAAGAACGACUGGGCUUGGUUCCUCCUGUUCGAGGCGCUCGCUCAGCUGAAGCUACAGCAGCGUCCGCUAAAGCUCCUGAACUGAUCCGCAUCAAAACUCUGGAGGAGAUCAGACAAGAUAAGGCGGCCAAAUCUUCGGGCCAGAAUGAUGCUCUUUCAGCCGCUGCAGCUGAGCUUCCUAAUACCGACCUAGUGAAGGGGAUCAAACGCUCCAUCACCGUACGAGGCGCCCAAGUCAGCCACGUGAAAACGUUCUCUGAGAUCGUCCGAGCAAAGAAAAGAAAACAGGAAGAGCAACAGAAUCAGAACCCCGACUCAAAGGUGGAGCAGUCGGUGGAGAAACCUGCAGGCAAGAGUCCUGAAGGAGCUCCAGAUGUGGAGAAGGUUCGGGUAAAAACCCUCGAGGAGAUCCGAAGGGAGAAGGCCGCCAGAGUCCAGGCUCAGCAGGCCGAAGCCAAGCAGAGCGCCGACGCGGAGCGCAGUGCUCCCAAGAGGCGCCAAAUGCUGCGGAUGAAGAAACCGCCGAGCCAACCGAGCGGCGGGACUCCUGAGACGACUCCGGACACGUCGGAGACGCCACGGAAAACCGCCGCAGCUCCAGCCGAGACCAUCAAGGUGAAGACCUUUGAGGAGAUCAUGCAGGAGAAGCGGCUUCGGAAACAGGAAAUGGAAGUUCAGGGGAAAAGCGCGGCUGAAGCCGAUUCAUCUGAGAACCCGCCUGCAGGCGGAACGCUUAAGAGGAAGCUUCCUGCUAAGAUCUGUCCAACGUCAGCGGAGUCUUCCUCACCGUCCGCUGCUUCACCUCCCAGCCGUCCUGUUCGGAAACUCCUCUCCCUCAAACCCCGAGCGCCUUCACCCAUGGCGACACCGCCCUCUGCUGGGCCAUCAACCGGGGACCGAAGUCCUCCUCAGCAGCCCGUGUCUCAGAGCCCAUCCACGGACGCCGUGGACAGAACCCAGACCUGCCCAGCGCCACGCCCGGCAACCCAGCUGGGUGGAAAAUCCGCUCAGGCUGCAGACGAUCGGGCAGUGGAGAACUUGGCGGACGGCAGCAAGACCAGAGCGGUCUGCUCUAAAGUGAGGCCUAAGCUGAACGUAAGGCCGUCGGUAGUGAAGCCUGCAGGGCGGCCGGCGCCUGCAGGGCAGAGGAAGAGAGGAGCGGAUGCUUCUGCCGUGGCGGCUGUUAAACCCAUGAACAGCAGCGCUGCUCAUCAGUCUUCAAACAAAGAGGCUGAGCUGCCGCCUGCUGUGCCCCCAACUGCCCCCCACCAGGGAGAGGAGCUUCAGCCCGCCCCCGUCUCUGCUCAGCUUCACGGCAGAAACCCCACAGCAGCCACCAGCGGAGCGGCCGACCCAGACACCCAUCCAGGCCCGCAGAGUCCGAGUCUUAAAAGUCCCACUCAGUCCAAACCGCGGAGGCCCAGCAUGGCGGCGUCCCGCACCACCUCCAGCACCGACGCCUCCGUGGACGACUUCGAGGCCCUGAUCAACCAGUUCACCGACGACCACCUGGAGGAAGACGUGGACCCGGCCAUCGGGGAGGACGACCUGCUGCAGGAGCUGUCAGAGAUGAUCGACAGCUGAGAGAAUCCGCCGCAUCUCCAACCUGCUGCCAUCACUUUAUAUUUACACCCGUAUGGAGAUAUAUGAACAAAAAAAAACUUCUCUUAAGUAUUUUCUUCACAUUUAUUAGUUUUUAGACCUCCUCCCUUUAGAGACCAUUCUGUCUGAUUACCUGCAGAUCUUUUAUGUUACUGUGUCCAACUUCUUUGCUCCUGACGUCUAAAGAAGGCGAGAGAAUAGCUGUGGGCAGGAGCUGCAGUGUCUGGGAUUCUGGGAGGGAAGCACCAUCUUAGGGAGAAGUGUUGUUAUCUGUAUACUGUGUAUGCAAAUGGAAAUCAGUUUAGAUGUAGAACUUCUGGACAGAACACCUCUGCUGGUCUUUUCUUUAUGUCCCUGUGGAUACCUGAGCUGUUCCUCAUCCACUUCCUGUUUAAUGGAUUAAAUGCAUCCUCAGUUCCCUGUGUUUGAAGUCAGCAUCCCAGCGGAGGUCUCCUCGGCUCCAUUUCAGACACCUUUUAUCCAGAACACUCUACAAGAACCCAGUCACAUCCGCAAUACUCUGCGUACCUCAGGGAGUCUCUGUGAUGUUUAUGUUCCGUAGAAGAAACACUUGGUUUUAGUUUUAUUUUAGGAAUGGUAGUGGAUGGACUGCUGUUUUGAUUAUGUGUGUGUGUUUGCUCUUCCAUGACACUUUGUUACUAUCUUAAAAUCAUUCAUGUAAAUAAAAGAUGCUUUUAAUGACCAGUUGGAGACUGA